AUGGCUACGAAGGCUGCUCUCUGCCUCAUAAGAGCUUUACGACGAGCGGUAAAGCAGCAACAGCAGGUAGUCGAGCAGCAGGAAGAGAGUGUCAAAUUUCUGGUGGAAGCUAACGCCUUCCUAGAUGUCGAACAGCUCACGGGCAGCACCAUUCAGAAGGAAGCAGAGAAACUGCAGACAUCUCAGGACAUUCUCAACGACUUGGACGCCCAGCUCCGCUGGGCUAUUGACUCGUGGAAGGACAUGGUCUCCGCUGAAGACGGCGGAGAGCACCCGCUCUGGACACCGUCUCCAUCCGCUCCCAUGCCACAGCCUCCUCUCGAAGAGCAGCGACUGCCGGCUGUGUCAGAGAACAGCAGAGACCUUAGCCUCAGCGACCCUGCGGUCGGUGCCCUGGCCCUCUACACACAGAAAUGGGACAACUGGUUGCAGGCACCGACGAUACCAGGCCUGCGCACGCUCGAAUCGUCCCUGACUGCACCGUGGUGGGUGCAGAAACAGGACCACUAUGGCCUCUGCCAUCCUCAAGAACAAGGCCAAAUCGAGAGUGCUGCUAGAGUAGCCCAGAUGAACAGGGGUUAUUAUGCAGAGCCACAUGCUUCUCCGUAUCAGUCGGGUGCUCAACAGCUAAGGGGCACCUGGUAUCAACGAUACAACCCCGCUGCUCUGCCACUAACCACUGUUUCUGAAUGCGGUUUGACUCAUUUCAGGCCGGCCAGGGCUAACUCCACCGAGUUUUGGCUUGACAAGGAAUUUGACCCGUUCUUUUGGCAGAAGAAUCUCCGGCCGGGGAACAUCUGGACUCAGCUUUCUCGCUAUCCGACUCCUGACGAGGAGGAUAACGUGUCGCCUCGGGCGUUGCCGAUCGACAUGUAA